CACGGGAGCCCUCUAACAGCUGGUUCUCCCACCGUGCCAGUCACCACACUUCUCUGCUCAACGGAGAGCAAGGAACCAGGGUGAAGAAGGGACACUGUUGCGUUACGGCACUGUUGUGCUGUUUUUCUUUUUCAGCUGUUUUUGUGUGCAGGGUUUUUUGGAAAGCAGAGGUGGUGAAGGAAAUUGCUUGUGACAAGCCUCUCGGACAGCUCGGACCACAAAUUUGUACCUGCAUGAGCGCGUCACUUUAACAAGGUCCUCUUCUUCCAGAAGUACGUCGGAGGACUGGCGGUGACCGACAAGGGGCUUGGAAACGGUCAGAUCUGUAGAAGUGCCAGGCGCCAGCCCAAGACAUAACAGACAGGAUGAAGUUUGAGAGCGUCCUUGCUGAGACGGACGGAUUUGGCCGUUUCCAGUUCGCCCUCAUCACCUUGAUGGUGAUCCCGCGCAUCACGCUCCCCAGCCACUUCCUGCUCAACAACUUCAUAGCAGCCACGCCGCCACAUCACUGCCACAUCGACCAUCACCUGGACACCCAUGGGGGUGCCUUUGCCAAUCUCACUGCUGAGCAGAGACGGACCGUCAGCAUCCCAUUAGAACCAAAUGGAGAACCCUCCUCCUGUCUGAUGUUCUCCGAGCCCCAGUUCCACCUGCUGUACAACUCCUCCAACACCACUGACCUGCCUGUCGAAGCCUGUCAGAAUGGAUGGGUGUUUGACAACAGCACCUUCAAACGCACCCUGGCUACAGAGUUUGAUCUGGUCUGCAGUAAGAGAGGGCUGACGAAAGCGUCCGCCACCAUCUUUUUCGUGGGGGUGAUGCUUGGAGCUGUGUUCUUUGGCGUCCUCUGUGACAAAUAUGGUCGGAGGAGUAUGUUGCUGGUGUCUUACGUCUCUGCUAUCGUGUUCAGCCUGACCAGUGCACUGUCAAACAGCUACGUCAUGUUUGCAGUGUUUCGUUUCCUCACUGGCUUUGGGAUCACUGGCGUCAGUGUCAUCACUAUUGUCCUUUGCGUGGAGUGGGCAGACAUAGAGCACCGGACAUUUAUUGGAGUGUUUGGAAGUUUUUCUUGGACUAUAGGCAAUAUGAUGCUUGCUGGGAUUGCAUACGCUGUAACUGACUGGAGAAUGCUGAUCAUCACCGUCACAUCACCCUUAGUGCUGGCAGUUAUAACCUGGUGGUGGAUCCCAGAAUCAGCACGAUGGCUGAUAGCAUCUGGGAAGGUGGAGAGAGCUCACUACUUCCUGAAAAGGUGUGCCAAUGCCAAUCGCCGUACAGAGUUCUCUACACGGAUCAAGCCAGAGACUUUAUCGAGCAUCGUAACGGUGAAAGAGCAGGGGCGCAGCUACACCUAUCUGGACCUCUUCAGGACGCCUCGCAUGCGGAGACUGUCAAUCUUCACAGGAAUUGUGUGGUACGGUGUAGCUUCCACAUAUUAUGGCAUCAGCUUAAACAUCACUGGGUUUGGGCUGGACAUUUAUCUCACCCAUUUUAUAUAUGCAGCCAUCGAGCUUCCCUCCAAGUUCCUGACCUAUUUGAGUUUGAACGCCAUUGGCCGCCGAUACAGCCAAGUGGGCACACUUGUGCUCACAGGAAUAUGCAUCUUUAUAAACAUCUUGACGCCUAAAAGUUUCUGGACGUUUCGUACCAUUGUGGCAGUGUUGGGAAAAGGUCUGUCUGAGGCUUCAUUCACUACGGUCUUCCUAUACACUACGGAGUUGUAUCCAACAGUGGUGAGACAAAAUGGCAUUGGCUACACCAGUUUUAUGGCCCGUUUCGGCGCGUCCAUCUCUCCUCUCAUCAUGCUGCUGGAGGAUGUGUGGAAGCCGUUUCCUGAGGUGCUGUUCUGCUCUGUGGCCAUCUUGUCCGGGAUAGUGGCAUGGUUCCUCCCUGAGACCCACCAUGCACGCCUCCCUGAGACCAUCGAUGACGUCGAGCAAACCAGGAAAAGUUCCCUGUGCCUGUCUAAUCAAGAUGCAGGCAAACUAAUGCCAGAGUUGGACCCACCAAAGUCACCAAAGCCAGAGGACAACACAGAAAAGUCAACUACAGUUGACCCAUGAUACUACACCAGAAUCAGAAUGGACUCUUUUGAGUUUCCUGACACUUUUAUAAUGGUAUGGGAUAAUUUUAUAUAUAUAAUUUUUUG